UAAAAUUUUGAUUUCCUAAUCGACGUCCAUAUUAAAGUUCUGUUAAUUUGAUUGAUGCCAUUUAUAAUUUGGAUUAUAACAAAAAUAAAUUUAUAGCAAAAUUCGAACCCUAAACACCGGAUUAACCCUGGUGGUAGCUCGUCCAAAAUCGGAAUUUGGAGGACAGCAAAAAGCCCGUUCUUCUUUGCUGUAAAGCUCAGAGAAGUUGCCUCCGCCGAUUUGCACAGAGAAUUCAGCCGCCAAAUUGACAGCCGUUCAAUUUUGCCGGUAAAUUUUGGGGCAAGAAAAGGAGGCUCAUUCAAUUUGGAACUUUGAAGCCUUCAAGUCUGGCAUUAUCAAUUUUAGAGAUAUGCAAGACCAGAGAGGACUUGAGGAAGCUUCAGCUCCUAAAAUGCGGAAAAAGAAAACAUCACAACCGAAGGCUACAGUAUUGCAAAAAGAAGGGAAUAAGGCAAAAAGGAUACAAGAUGUGCAUGCAAUGCCAAUUCAAAAUGGGUUAAAACACACCAAGAGAGUCCCACCAAACGAAGUUUCCCCAUUAUUCCAAUAUGCUGAGAAAUCAACACCUGAAUUCUCGCCAGAUACUUCCACUUCUGGAAAAGAAUAUCGGGCAUUAAGGAGAAAGUAUCUAUUGCUGGAAGAAGAAAGUUUUGGUCUUAAUAAAGAAUUGAGAGAAACCGAUGAUGAGAUCAAGGCCCUUGAAGACGAGAAGCUAACACUCCUUGAUGAUCUUGUUGUGUUAGAAGGCCUGGUUGAUCCUUCAGAUAUUCAAUCCCAAGGCCAGCGAUUAUGAUGGUUUAUUUAUAAUGUGUUUUUUCGGUAAACUGGGGAUAUAUACAGAAUUGUGUACAAUAAUCCAACUUCUGUUAGCAUAAAGUUGAGAUUGUAACGAUGCAUUAUAUAACAUCGACUGAUUGUUUAUUGCACAAUUACCAAACUGCAUGUUGGAUCA